GAUACUUGUUGUUUAAUUUUAAUGUCUAUUAUCAAAUUUAUCAUUUGACACAAAAAAAAGCACAAAAUGAAUGAGGAAUUCAAUCAACCUGAUGAAAAUUUAUCAUCAAUUAUUGAACAUUGUACAAAUAAUUGUAAAGAGAAUCAAUUCAAUUUGGUAGAUACACAGUUUAUGGAGGAUGAACAGUUGGUGUUAACUACUCAAAAACAAAAUUCAAUCGAUACUACUAUUAUUGAUCAAAAUAAUUGCUUACCGUCUAACAAUAAUAAUGAUAAUAAUAAUGAGACAUUUCAACAAAAUGAUUCUACUAAUUUAAAAGUAUUCAAUAUUAUCCUGGAAGAUGAUAAUGAGAUUACAUGUGAUGAACAACAGAAAUCCACCGAUGAACAUAUCUACUAUUUGCCAUUAGCAAUAGGUAGUUCAACGACAAACACUGAAGUAUUAGGCAAAGAGUUUAUCUCACUAACUGAUUCCACGUCGAAUAGUGUAUCAGAUAAAAUUCUUUACGAUUUAGGCAAAUCAUUAAUUAGUUCACAUGGAAAUGUAACUGAUGAUAAAGACAAUAGUCUAGGACAAGAAAUAAUCAAUGAAGAGUCGAAACUGAUGACAACAAAUGUUGAUGAGAAUAGUUUAAGUGGACAAACUGUCCAAACUCCAGUUACAUCUUCGACAACUGAUGAAACAACCGUAAUUACUACGAGUGCUGCCAGCGUGAAUACAACAACGAAUACGACCAGUGUUAUCAAUACAACAACUUCUACAAUUCCUUCUGGAAAUUUAACUACCAAUCCUAAAAUUGACUUGAUUACUGUAAAUCUAUUAAGUUCCGAUGCAAUUCCCGAUAGUAUCACGCAACAAUUCAAUCAAAUAGCUAAACUGAAUAAAAGUAGUUUAAGUAGUAGACGUACAGUGAGAACAACUACAGCAAAACUUAGUCCAUUGACAGAUUUUAAACGUCAAGCAAGUUUUGAAGAACCGCAGCCAACUGAAAUUACCACAGUAUCUGACGCUCAAAAACCUAUACAGAAAGACCUGCCGAAAGAGACAUUUCAUACACGAUUUCAUAGUGAUGAGAUUGCUACAUUACAAGAUUACAUUGUGAAACCACAAACUCAAACUAAUAUUGAUUUGGAAUAUACUAAUUUAGACAAUAUUACCAUUGAUCCGACGAAUACCUCAACUGAUAAAACACCUAGUAAAAAUAGAAACAGUAGUGUAUUUCGUAGUAAAAGUGCUUUGAGUACACUGCCUCCAACUAAACGAGGUCAACAUUAUGGAUUUGGACAUCAAUCGGAGCCUAGUUCACAAGGUACUGAUUCUGUUCAUAGACAAUCGCCUUUAUUAACUAAUGAAAAUAUAUUACAGUCACAAGGUCAAAGUAGUAGUUUCACUGUAUCAGAAGAAGGUUCGUCAAGUUCCUUACCAUCAUUAGAUACUGGAGGUAGUAGUUCAACUGGUGGAGGAUGUAGCAGUGGGAAUACACAAACAGUAGAUGAAGAUCAUUCAACUGGUGAAGAAUUGAAUACAGCUAAUAAUACUACUACAGUUUUACAUUCCAUUAACAAAAUAUCAAAAAUUAAAAAUAAUAUUAAUAACGAGUCGGAUAAGCAUAGUUCUCAUUCAAAUGAAUCAAAACAUCCACAAUCAGAUAAUUCAUUAUCUGAUAAAAAUGUUCUAAUCUUGUCAAAAAGACGGCAUGCUGUUAAAGAACUUAUACAUGUUGAAAAAGAAUAUGUCAAUGCAUUAACCACUUUAGUCAAUGCUUAUAUGAUCCCAUUGAGACAAGAGAAAAUUCUCGAUGAUCAACAAAUAGAUACAAUAUUUUUUAAAGUUCAAGAAUUACUCAUGUAUCAUAUGAGUUUUUUAAAUACUCUUCAAAUGUGGGAAUUAACAAAUACAGUUGGCGAUAAACUACUCGAUAUGUUUUCUCGUGAAGCCGUUGCAAUGUGCUAUUGUACAUUUGUAGAUAAUUUUUCUAAUUCGGAAAAAACUCUAGAAACUUGUUGGAAUACAAAAUCAUCAUUUCAAAAAUUUUGUGAAAUGAAGCUGCGAAUGAAUCGAAAUAAACUUCCAUUGAAAGCACUUCUUGUACAACCAGUUCAACGGAUACCUCGAUAUGAAUUACUUGUAAAACGUUUAUUGGAAUCAACACCGAAAGAUUAUGCCGAUCAUGCAUUACUGGUUGAAGCUGAAAGUGCUAUUCAUCGACUUGCAUUGAGGGUAAAUGCUGUACAUGCAGCUGGUGAAGAUGAAAAUAUUGUUGAUGGUAUUCGAUUGAUCGAGAAACUUUUAGCACCUUCUACUUUAACACCAACACGUCAAUAUGUUCGACAUGAUAUUGUUUCAGUCGAGGAACGAAAAGAUCCUGUUUGUAUAUUUAUGUUCACAGAUCAAAUUGUUUUCACAGUUGCAAGACGUAGAGGAAGUCAAGUGAUAAAGAAACCAAUCUUUCUUCGUUUGCAGUCUAUUCGUGGAAUUGAUGCAAUUGAGAAUAUCAAGUAUAAAAUCUAUCAUCGAUUAGGCAUUGAAGCUAUUGAGCUUGAAUCACGUUUAGAUGUCGGCCCUGAACCAACUGGACAACAUAAAGAGGUAAAAGAUAAAAAAGAUCUAGCAUUAUUAGCUGAAAUUGAAAAUAUUUCAGCGAGAUUGGAUUAUCGACAUUGUGAUCUAGAUGCUGUAGUGCGUAAAAUGUACAUGUCUAUACAAAAAGAACUUGAAGAUUUACGUACAGCCAGAAAUGCAACAACCCCAAUGCCCGGUAAUACGUCCAUUUUUACAGCUACUAGCAAAGAAGGCAUUGAACGUUAUGAGAUAAUGUUUCCAAAUAGUGCAAAACGAAAAGAAUGGGAACGAACAAUACUUGAGCUGAAACGACAAUUAGGUUCUGUCAAAAGAAUGGCAAGAUUUAAUGAGGCUGUUCAAAUUCCGCGUACAUUACCAGGAAUACAAAAACUCAUUAAACUAACAAUUAAAUUUGUAUCAAACGACAUGCAAUCUAAAACAUUUGUGAAAAUUCAAUCAAACAUAACAUCUCAUAGUCUUGGUACCCAGAGUAUUCGUACAAGAUGUAUGCUGGAGAAGAAACGUUCAGGCACUGCAGAACCACCACUUUUAGAAGUGGAACAACAAGCAGUUGACGAAAACAAACAACAACAUUCACGAUCAGAUGGAUCAUUGUCAAGAAAAACAUCUCAACUGUCUGUAAACAAUAAAGCGAUUGAUUUAAAUAUUGUGGAUACAAUGCAAUUAAACGCAAACAAUGACAAUGUAAUCCAAAGUACUACUGACACUACUACUACUACUACAUUAGAUAAUGUGACCUAUAGGAAAAGUAGCAUUCCACAAGAUACACGUACCGGUUCUCAUUCUACUACACCGGAUACACCAACUAAUACAGAAUCAACACUGAAACUUUCCGAUGGAGAUGUAUCAAGGAUGGAUGAUGAUUUACACCUAUCUAAACCAUGUGAUUUAACCUCGGAAUCUAGUGAAAAUAAUUUAGAAGAAGUUGGUGAAUUGAUUAUUCAAACAAGCUCAAACAAUGAAAAAUUUGAUUUAGCUGAAAAGUUAAAAAAUACUCCACAACAAGAAACUAAUUUAGAUAUUCAAGCUGAAUCAACUGAUGAUCAAGACGAUCCAACAUCGAAUGAUUCUGAUUCGUCAGAUGUUAGUGAAGUGGAAGGUGAUUUAACACAACAAAUAACUUCAGAGAAUGUAUCAGAUAGUUCCUCAUUCAAAGAAACGGAACAAAAUAGUCAACCGAAAGAAUAUGAUGAUGGAUAUACAAAUUCUCAUGGAAAAAAUCAUUGUCUCACUAGUGCAACACAACCGUUGAUGUGGUUAGGCACAGAGGAAGGAAGUAUUUUUAUGUUUUAUGCAACUGAUAAUUUGAAGACAAGUAGACAACGUCAGAAAAUUAGUUUAUCUCAUGGUAUCAAUAAUAUAUUACAUUUUGACAUACAUAUAUUUGUUGCUUGUGCAAAUGGUGAUCUUAUUGUGUAUCGACGUAAUUCAGACGGUUUAUGGGAUGUCAAUAAACCAAUACAAGUGAAAUUACAACCGAAUUCUAAUGAACCAGUUAUUGUAAAACGUAUGUUAGUUGUUGCCGGUAAAAUAUGGUGUGCAGCGCAUCGUUCAAUAUUCAUUUUAAAUCCAACUACACUUACACCGGAACUUUCAUUUCCAUUGAAUGGGAAUUAUGCUGAUCCACGUGGGAUACAAUUAAUGGCUUAUGGAAAACAAACUGUAUGGUUAGCUACAGAAAAUAGUUCACGUAUCAGUUUAUAUCAUGCUACAACAGGGGAAUUUCUAAUGGAAAUUGAUUUAAAACCUAUUGUACUUCAAAGAUUACAAGAUUGUGAUGAAAUUAUCAUGAGGCAUAAAGAAGCUUGUCUAAGAAUCACUUGUUUAACAGUAUGCAAAGAUCUAUUAUGGGCUGGUACAAGUGCAGGUGUUAUUGUCACUGUUGCAAUACCAAAACUUGGUACAGGACCUACACAUGAAAACAUUAAACAACCUCAGUUAGAAACUUUAUCAUAUGGUCAUAUUGGACAAGUUCGCUUUCUUGUCACUUUAGAUAAUAUAGCAGACGACGAGAAUACAUUAACAUGUAAAAAUGAAAAAUUGAAUACAUCAAAUCAAUCAUUAUCUAUCACAAAUCCCACUACCAAUUCGGAUAAACUGACAUCAUCAGACAAUAAUAAUACUCAAACAAACCGAUCAUCAACCUCGUCAUCUCAUUUAACUAGCUCCAAUCAAACACCUACUCUUAGUCAAUCUGGUCAAUUAUCAAGACAUUAUUUUACAAGUAGUCGUAGAUCAUCUGUUAAUCCAUGUACUACGAUCAAUACAAAAAUGAAAGUUAUCAGUGGUGGUGAAGGACGUGAGGAAUUCAGUAAGAAAGAUUCCAACACUUUAGGAAUCUAUGAUAAUAACAAUAGUAGUAGUAGUAAUAAUAAUAGUAAUACUAUUAAUAAUAAUUCAUAUUGUACUAUCGGUGAUGAUGACAGUGAUAAUUAUGUGCUUAUAUGGGAUGUGCAAUAGCAGCUAUUCCACACAUUUCAAAUAGAUACUUAUUAUUUCACAAUGAAAUUGUACAGUGACUACUUUUCAUUUCUUUAUAGUUCAUUUUAUUUUAAAAGGCACUUGUUUUUUUGAGUGAUUAAAACAAAUGGAACCAAUUUGUAAAUUAUCUUCCAUCAUAUAUAAUUUGGACAUUGAUCAAUUCUAUGCAUCAAUAUUCU